AUGGGAAGCAAUUGGAAACGAAACGUUAUGAAAAGUAAACAGGCUAGAGGGGAAGAAUAUAUUAAUUCGGCAAAAAAACUAAUUCAAAAGAAAACUACUGGACCAAAUUGCCAUUGUAGAAAUAAAUGUUUGACUAAAGUAGACGAUACCCACAAACAGGACAUACUUGAACAGCUUUAUAGUACGAGAGAUAAAACUAGACAAGACAUUUAUCUAGGAGGAUUAAUCAGCAUGUCAAAAGUGCAAAGCAAACGCCCGACUACAGGAGAGGAGAGAGAAGAAAACGGCACCUAUAAGUAUAAGGUAUGCUGCCAAAAUAUUGCCUGUGUACCCCACUGUGUAUGCACUUGCGGCCAUAAGGGAAAGCCAUAUCAACAACCAUUUCAAUGUACAUCUCAUCUGUUCAUGAACGAUGUCAGAGACUUCCAUUCAGCUUUUUAUCAAAAUAAGGAUAAAAGGGGACAAGAUUUGUUCAUUUUACACCACAUUGACUCACAUAUCCCAGUAAGACAAAGGAAACGAACAGCCAACAAAAAUAAACCAAAAUCUUGUAUUUUAUCCUACAAAUUGAAGAGAAGUGACAGCCUAUUUGUUCCUGAUAUUACUAUUACUCCUGGUAACAACAACAUAUUUGAAGGUGAACCUGAACAUGUAACUACACGGCCAGUAACACCGCUAAGUACAACACCAAGUUCAACCAAAGUGUCACAACAAUUAUCAUUAAAUACUCCCCGAAAAACAGGAUUACGAAGUACAGUUAUACAAUUACGGAAAGAAAAUCAUUAUUAA